CUUAGCGGCGGACGUGUGGAUUACAGUUCCAGGAAUGGGCGGGGGACAAAUGGGAACUGUAUUUUUAAAAAGCGAAAACAGCGAUUUUUAAUAUUAUAGUUUAUUGUUGAUUUGUAUAUUGAGAACGGAUUAUAUUUUGGUUUAAGGAGACGCAUAUCUUUAGGAGUUUAUUAUCUUUUUUUAACUGUGGACAGCUUUUUUUUUUUAGUAUCACCCGCAGCUGUGCGUGUUCCGCUGUGUGCCUGAACAAGAGCACAAUAAUAAUGCCUCGGGAGAAUAUGGCCUCUCUGAUCCAGAAAAUUGCCAGGCAAGCCAGCACAACUUUCAAAAACUGUGGUUCGUCUGCGAUCGGAGAGAACAGCAAGGGGUUUCUGGAGAACCAAGCAAAACUCAGGAACCUCCUGCACGAAAUCCGGGCAGAAGAUCUCAACAUUGCACCCAGGAAGCUCGACCCCUCUCCCAUUUCUGUCCCUCACAACCCUCCCGUCACCUACAUGCAUAUCUGCGAGACUGGUGCAUUCAGCAUGGGGGUCUUUCUGUUAAAAGGCGGGAGUUCAAUCCCUUUACAUGACCACCCCGAGAUGAACGGCAUGCUCAAGGUUCUCUACGGGAAAGUCAGCAUCAGUUGCUUUGACAAGUUGGAUAACCCGCCUGAUGCCGCCAGUGAGGCGCAGUUUAACCCACCUGUGCUGCCCUAUCAAAAGGACGCCCUGAGGAGGUCUAUACUCCGGUCUAUCGGGGAAUACACAGAGCACAACGGGCCUUGCGUUUUGACUCCAAAAAAAGACAACCUGCAUCAGAUUAAUGCCGUGGACGGACCGGCUGCUUUUCUGGACAUCUUGGCACCCCCGUAUGACCAGGAUGACGGCAGAGACUGCCAUUAUUACAAAGUUCUGGAAAACGGAGACGUAAAAUUGGAGACAGGAGAGCAGAAAGAAAUGUGGCUGCUUGAAAUCCCGCAGCCCACUGAUUUUUGGUGUGGCGCAGAGCCAUACCCGGGCCCCCAAGUUACUCUCUAAUUAAACAGAAAAGAAAGGGUUAAUACAAUGUAAAUUGUACUAUAUCAGAACUUUCCAAACUGAGUUUAAUAACAUUAACUGUAAUACGAAUUGAUUUACUGGGUCAAAACAAGGAUUCUCAGGACCUACCGAUGUAAGAUGCACUGGCUGAUUUUGUUGCAGGAAAACUAAUCGAUAUGCUUCAGUCAAGUGUUGUGACAUUGUGUCUUUCGUGAAAGGCCCCUUUUCAAGCACCUACAUGAAAGUCGUAUUGUAUAAUUAUAUCACAUGACUUGCUCGUUAUAUUGUUAAUAGUUGAACACCUAAUAGUACAAUGCUUUCCAAACCAUUUACCACAGUAACUUCAAAGUGUCACAAAAUACAAAUCUUAUAGCUUGAGCUGCAUUUAAUUUAUUGGUAGUUAAUGUGAUAUAUAUGUGUGUGUGUUUUACCUGUUUUGUUUCAUUUGUUAGUGUGAGCAACUACAAUAAAGUCUGCACGCUAUA